AUGUCCAAAUCAUGGCUACACGCGUGGCGUACCAUCCCUACCCUCAGGUUUCGUGUGCGCAGCGAACAAAAUGGAAAGAGCAUGAAGUUGGUGGACGUGGACCACACUCUGAUAAGGUAUCUCCAUGACAACAUACCAAUCAAAAGGUUUGGGCUUCUUAUCGACAUUGAGAACCAGGAGUCAGCUUCUCAUGCUGAAAAAUGGAUUGGUUCUGUGGUGACAACCAAAGCUUCUUGUCUCAAAGAGUUAUCCCUCUCACUCUACCUUUAUGGUGCCCCGUUUACAUUUCCAGAUGAGAUACUCUCGUCGGAUGAAAACCUGACUAAGAUAGAAGUUUUCUCUCCGCUUAGGCGCCAUUCUGUUGUUUGGAUGACAACGACUACUCAUGUGAUCAACUGUGUGUCCCUACGAGAACUUGAAUUGUUUGGUGUGCGUAUAGGUGAAGAGGCACUCAAUCACAUAUUCUCGUCUUGUAGCUUGCUUGAGACGAUUGUGCUUAUAGAUUCUUGCAAGGGGCUCAAAACCAUCAAGGUUAAAAACCUCCCGUGUCUUUAUGAAUUGACAAUAUCCUCAGAAUAUGAUGAUUAUGAUGGAUAUAUUGCUUUGGAAAUCAGUCAUGUCCCAAAUCUUGGGGUGUUUAGCUGCGAUUUACAUAUAUCUUUUCCUAUCAACGAUUUAAUAUCAUUAGGAAGCAGCGUGACAAAGUUAAGGCUAGGUGGUUAUGGUAUGGUAAGAAGCAACGCGUGUCUGAAAAUGAUCGAAUCGGGAUUUCCUUUUCUCGAGAGUUUGACACUUGAUGAUAUGACAUCUUGGAAGUCGGAAAGCUUCCAUUUCACAUGUGCUUCCAUCAAGAAAUUGUCCCUGAAGGAGUGCCUCUCCAUGCUUACGGACGUACAAGUUCAUGCACCAAAAUUACAAUUUUUCUGGUUUCAUGGGGUCGCAUUGCCUCCUACUCUCUUGUUUCCGGACUCUACUCUCUUCAAGAAAAUAAUUGUUUCACUCAAACUCAACUCUCCUGUUGAUGCUUAUUUUUUCUUGAAGAUGAGGGAAGCACUCGCGUUAUCACGCAAGUGUGACAUUUAUAUAACAACUUACAACUAUACUACUACUAUGAUGCCAUUGGACAUCGACAUGGAUGAUCUAAGAACAAGGCUCCUCAUGUUUCCUCCUGCUACCAACGUGCAAAAACUCGAGUUUGAAGCAAUAGAGGAUGAAUGCCUGUGGGAACGAUCCCCAUUUUUUGAUGCCUUCUUUGAGAUUUGCCAUCCCAAGCAUGUAGUUGCAAAGCCAGACGCAUGCUUAAGACAAAAGAAUCACUUUUGCAGACUCAUGCUGAGGGAUUUCUUGGAGAAGAAGACGACAACCACCACCACCACCACCCCGUAUUGGCCUCACCACCUCAAACACGUUCAAAUAAGAAGGAAUCCUUAUGAAAAAUGGGAAACCCUGACAGAUUCCCACAGAAGCUUUCUAGACGCGACUCCUGGUGUCUUCAUGCACUUCUAUCUAAACUGGCAUUAA